AUGUCUCUUUCCCUGGGUUGUAGGGAUGAUUCACUAACUCCUGUUCCAAGAAGCUCUGGGGAGACUGCAAGUAAUGUGUACACAGUUGAGCAGUACACAAAACUUCUUUCCAAAUACGAGGCGGCUCGGCGUCACAUUGCUCAACUAGAGGGAAAGGUGGCAUUACUACGGCAACAGUCAAAUAGUGGGGGUGAUAAACAACCUCUCUCACCCAGGUCACAAGGCUACGGAUGUGGGACGGAAUACACUCCAUCUAGGGAGGAGUUUCAGCAAGUAAUAGAUUGGAACAAGGAACUUGUCAGUACCGUGGAGACGCAACGGUGUGAAUUGGUGAGAAUGGAUACCGAAAAUAAAUUGCAGGUGGUUAUGUUGAACGAUGAGCUGAAGAGGCUGCAGGAGACGUGUGCUCGGCUUCAGCAGGAGAAUGACAGACUGAAGUCAAGUGUUGUUGACGACAUUCUUCAACGGCGUCGCAAAGCUCGCGCGGAGCUGGCAACAGAAAGGUCCAGACGCAUUUGUGUUGUCCGGGCUGCCGGUAGAGGCCGACUGGAGCAGCUUGAAGGGGUACUGAUGGCGUCGCAUGACGACAUGUAUUUCCAACCUCGCUUCGACUCGUUAAGGCUACCGUUGCAUGAUGCAACUUUCGUCGUUCACACUGUGGCCAGUGUAACGUAUCCCCUCCGAGGGACAGAGGGUUUUACCAUGGGUGUGUACCAUGAACUUUUGAAGGACCUCGCGGUGAAGCACAACGGCCAUCACGUUUGCUUCGAAGGACACCUUCAGGUGUUUGUCUUUUAUUGUGCAACUCACGCCCUGAGGUUUGCGGGGGAGUGUCACUCGGCCCUUCUGAAAGUUGACUGGCCAGCGCGCACAAUAAAGAUCCCUCACUUUGCACCCGUCACGGACUUUGGUGAAUUGAUUUACAGUGGCCCACGCAUUCACACGUGCCUGUACACGUGCAGCCCGGGGGUGGAAGUAGAUCCAAUCACUGGCUCCUGGUUGUACUACGGAAAGGAAGUUCGUGAUGCGUUGGUGACAACGCUUGAGGAAGCACCAGUCGGCGAAAUUGUAGCCAACAAAAAGUGGUGUUCAAUGUUCUCGAGGGAGCACGACAUCACAAACGAGACGACCACCACGGAUCAUCUAACUAUUCAAUCCGUCCGAGCAAAAUUAGGCGCCCAGUGGAGUAUCGUGCCCGUAAACGAUUCUCCCAAUGAACUUUUCUGUUCCAUUCUUCCCGCGUUCCUGGAACGGCGCCGCGGAAUACCGCCGUACAUGGUUGACCCAGUACCUCGUUUUGCGCGUAAAAUAAUAGAUGUGAAGGAAGUUGUGCCUGACGUCAUCGGGGUAAUGAAGGGAGUCGGGCCCGUGAGUUUGGCAGGGGCUACUCAGCAGGGACAACAACCCGCACCCGCCAAUGGUUGGGUGGAUCAUCUCAACACCUUGUCCCCUAGUGAAGAGGGAGUAGGUGAUAAGGUGCUCUCACUACUAAUAAUGAAGAACGAAAAGGAUAGGGCUCAGCACGAGUGGCUUAAACUCCAGGAAGUAAGUGCCUAUCAUGAAAGAGUUGCCAUGGAGGGAGAAGAUCGAUACAUCCAUCGAUUUCGGCCGAUUAUGCCGGGGCAACCUUGUUUCGUAUGCACGGUUGAUAUUGGCGAAAACGAGGCGUGGCAACAAGUCAUUGGUGGAAAGCUAAGUGUUAAUGAAAAGCUUGACUUACAUGACCGGCUUCACUGUGAGGUAGUGGCGUGCGGAGAUAGAAACGACGGACUCUACGUGAAUGGAAACAGUCGCGAUGUGGUGACAUUUGCAUUUCACCAGGCAUGUCAGGCCCUUCGCUUCGCAGCCCAGGCGUAUGCGUCUGUGAGCAAGUCGUGUGAACUAAAGAAAACAACAACGUGUAUUGUACGGGCAGGAAUCGCCGUGGGAGAGAUUCAUACGAUAGGUCAUGGUUCCAGUAGGGCAUUGAAGGGCCGCACCAGUGAUGAUGGUGAAGCCGGUAACACUGGAUCAGGAGGAAGGAUGGGCAGCAUGAGGUUAUGCGCGGGGGUGGCAGUGACCCUGUCAGCCAAGUUGUGCGAUAUUGCCCGCGGCGGUGAAAUUAUUGCCUCGGCAGGUGUAGUAGACAGCUUCUACACGAAAAAGUCUAACGUCAUAAGUGAUGAAUACAACAUUCUACGCUACGGAGUGCGAUUUCUCGGAGAGGGCUCAACCCUGACAGAUAUCUACUCUAUUUUGCCCAAGGAAUAUGCCUACCGUCGCCAACAGCAAAUGGGUGACAAACGCACGGUUCAGGGUGCUGGUGAGGAAAAAAUGUGGCGCUCACAACGAUCCGUGAAGGAAGAGCUGGUGUUUAAAAGCCCGCACAUCCGGCGGGUGGAUGUACAGCACAUGUUAGUGGAAAAGCAGGGUUUUCUCGAACGCAACGAGGCAGCAAUGAUGGCGUUGCACGAUGCGGCAUGGCACGUCAGCGUCAGGCAGGCAAUCCGUGUGCCAUGGUUGUUUACGCAAACAUCAAGAGAUGCUACGAAAAAGAGAAAAUUGGGCUUUCUUUUCUGCGCCGCUGCGGGUCUAAGCGCACUCUCCCGCUUAGUAACAAAUGAGUUGUAUAAAGAACUCUGUGGGCAGUAUAACUCUACGGUGCAGGAGGUCGCAUUGGCAAAUGAUGGAUAUGUUGUCAACACAGACUCCAUUUCGUCGUAUAUCAUUGCGUUCAAUGAUGCUUUCCGUGCGCUGGAAGCUGCACUGCAGAUUGAUAGUAAGUUGCUGGCGCUACAGUGGCCGGAGGAGAUUCUUACACUGGCACCGACGCUGCGCGUAAAAAGUGCUCGCACAGGCGUUCUUCUCUUUAGUGGAAUUCGUGCAACGACGGUGGUGCAUGCUUCUGACGGAUACGAGUGGAAUCGUGUACAAUCUAGCACAGGGGAAGACAGUGGUAUUGAAAUUUCUGGCCCCGCAAUCAGCACGUUGAUGGACGUGUCAUACAGAGCAAUUGGUGGUGAAGCUGCUCUAACUCAGGCUGCACACGAGUCUGUUGAGUCCUCGACACGGGGAAGGCUUCUUCUGAAGCAACUCGCCAUGGAGGUGGCUGAAGAUAACAACAGCAAGACAGAAGUCUUAUACGCCCCGCGACACUUGCGGGAGCGGCUCAAACUGUUUAGCAGCGAACGAGCCACUUCACCGGCGCCGGCAGGGACCGACCGUAGGUCCAAAACCCCAAAAAGUGUCUGGACAAACAAUCCUUUGCGGGGGGACUUGGUGUGGUGGAUGAGAAGGAACGGUUUUGCUAGCCAGCUUCCCACAGUGCAUGCAGCGCAGUGGGCAGCACCGCAAAAGCAACAAUGUAGGAGCACUGAUGCCAUCAUGUCAGAAUAUACAGAGCGAGUAGUCGAUCACUUCAAACAGGAACUAGCAACAAACCUCUACAUCACCUCUUGCGGAGAGUGUUUCUUCAACGUGGUAAUUGGAGUGCUUGUUGCACUAAGCGGCUCUUUUGGAAACCUCUCGCCCAGUCGAAGAACAAGUCUCCCAUCCAGAGCAAGCUCAUCCGGGGCGUGUGCGUCAUCACCAUCAACCUGGGGUGUGCUGGAUCCAGCGCUCACAAUGAGUAUGGGAAGUGAAGGAUUAUCAAGAUCUAGUGGACGAAGGGACAAUCGCCAAUCGUCCCAGCAAAGCGCCGCAGACGAAUGUGAUGACCCUUAUAAGUACACGCUUACCGUGUUAAAUGAGACACUGAAGCACCUAUUACAGCAGUCACAUCGUGUAUUGGGCAUUAACGUGUCAUUUUCUUUUAGCCCGAUAAAACCGAACUCUCAAACCUUCAGUCCUUUGAGGGGUCGAAGGAAUAAAUUGCCCUUACUCAAGCGAUAA